AUGUACAGUGACUACAUGUACAGUGACAACAUGUACAGUGACUACAUGUACAGUGACUACAUGUACAGUGACAACAUGUACAGUGACUACAUGUACACUGCUGACCCUCAGGCCUUCUGUCAGGACCAGUACUGCAGUGAUCAUGAGUUCUGUGGUGGGAAUCCCGGUUUAGAACGCUGCUACUGUCGGGCCUUGUUUGCCUCCAAGUACAAACCAACGGGCGCUUUAGGCGAGCCGACAGUCUGCGUGCAGAGCUCUGCCACUGUUGAUCUGGCUGGAUGUCUGCUGCAGGACAAAGGCAUCGACUACUCCACCCUUCACCUCAACGACCCCAACUGCAAAGGCCACAUGGACAACCAGACCCACAUGGUGUCCUUCAGCUUCGACAGCAGCAGCACGUGCGGGACCAAGGUUACGUCAAACAGCAGCCAGAUCCUCUACAAGAACACCAUCAGGACGUUGAACAUCUCCACUUCCAGCAUCAUCACCCGUCACGACCAAGUUCAGAUCGACUUCUCCUGCCUUUACACAAAGCCGGACAUCAAGAGUGUGUCCUUCAGGAUCAAAGACAGCUCUGUGGUGCAGCAGAUUGUAUCUGGAGUUUGGAACUACACUCUGAUGAUGAGCGCCUACACCGACGCCAACCGCAUGGACCUUGUCUCGCCGAGCACUGAGGUCCAGCUGAACCAGAAGAUCUGGCUGCAGCUGAAGACGGAGGGGCUGGACGGCAACAUGGUCGUCAUAGUGACCGACUCCUGCUGGGCAACCAACCAGCCGGCCCCUGAUAGCAGUCUGAAAUACAACCUCAUCAUUAACGGAUGCUCUAACCCAGCUGACCAGACGGUGAUGAUGCAGGGAAACGGACAGGGAACCUCCAACGUAUUCUCUUUCAACAUGUUCGAGUUCUCUGGGGAAAGUUCCGAAAUCUACCUGCACUGCAAACUGGAUCUGUGCCCCAAACAGGGCAAUACCUGUGCUCCGGUUUCCAUGAAUGGUUGUUUUACCUGCACCGUGGUCGAGCCUCCUGCAUGUGACCCGGGUCCCCGCCCUUCCUGCCGCCAGCCUCACAUUGCACCUGACCCCAGUGCCUCGCAGGUCGGUGGCUCCAUGUAG